AAACAAAAACAUAGAAAUUUCUUAAAAAAUUCAUUUUUAGGAGAUCUUUAAAGUAUUUCUGAAAUAUCUGUGAGCUUUAAAGUAAUUUAUAAUAAUGAAUGUGAAUGAAGAAACUGAACCAAAAAAUAUUCCAUCAACUUCUCGGAAUCCAUUCUCAUCUGAUAUAAUGUCAACAUCAUAUAGUGAGAUUUCAUCAGCAUCUGCAGCUGUUCAGAAUUAUGAAAAGAUGGAUGUUGGUGAAGAUUUAAUAGAUGAUGAACGAGAACAAAGAAGAAACAGACCAGACUCGCUUUAUGAUCCCUACGAUAACGAAGGGCAAUUUAUUCCUGAUGAUAACAAUCCAGCAAUGAAACAUUAUGUUGCCCCCGAUCUUGAGUACAAAAUUAAAGUGUCAUCACCUGUAGGUUCAGGUCAACCUUUCAAUAGCUUGCCAAAGCAAUUUUCAUCUUCAUUGCCACCUCAACUUGACUCAAAUGUGCUCAGUGAUUUAGAGAUUGAAGCUCAAUAUCUCGCAGCGAAUAUCGACAAUUUGACUGAGAACUUAACUAAUUUACUUCACAGUAUAAGUUCAAUAACUGCUGACAAUGUUGACGUCUACAAAAAUUCCGUAUCAAAAUUAACCGACACAAUUGAUUCCAACAUAAAAUCAAUGUACAGCAUUAUUGCCAAAUCAGAAGAAAUUUCAAAAUCAAUGAAUAAAGCUGAACAAAUGGCAACACGAAUAAGAGAAAUUCGACGGCUUGUGGACAUGUUUGAAGCUGCUUUGUAAUCUUGAAAAUAUUUCUUGCUUUAAUUAAGUGAUUUUAUUUUGCAUUCCAAAUCUAGUCACUUUCUUGGAACUCAUAAAAUUAAAUAAAAUUAAACGCUUUUUAAUAAAAAUCAUUUCGCUAUGUG